AUGAAGAACGCAACUAUCAUGUUCAAGCUUUAUCACUUUGUCCUCUUGAUGGGGAUGAUGGUGGUAUUUUCCGUGUUUCAAGUUCGUAUCAAUCAAUACAAUGGCGCCAGUAGUUCCAUGCGAAACGCAUUUGUGGGCCCUCAAACUCCAUCCGACACGAAUCUGCGAGCGACGACAAUGGCAAACGCUAGUGGCGACUGCAGACCUGUGGUGGUUCACACUGAAUGUAUUUGCACAGGUGCAGUCGAGCGCGUUGCGGAUGUUAUUCAGGAUCAAGAAGCAAUAAACGAAGAACCUGAAAGGAUCUCAGAUCAGCCUUCUGAUCCACCACCACAGCAAACACCGCAGGAAGCGGUGGAAGCCCCAGCAUUCCAAGACAUUACUCAAGAUGUGGAACGAUCUCACGAUCAGCUCUCUUGUGGCUGUCUUGUGGUGCCUGGGCAUGUCAAUCCCACCCAUACGACUCCUUGGGGGAAAAAUCAAUCCCAGUAUCAAUCUACCGCCGUUCCAAAUCCACAUUGUCCCUGCCAAUGGCUCAAGAACACGCCUGUGCCUUUGCCCAGCCACGUCGACAAGAUAUUGACCAUUAUGACUCCAUACUACAAUGAUGUGGGACUGUUGCUGCACUUCUUGGAAGCUUUCAGCAAGUUUUCCCCAGACCUCACACGACAAGUUCAAUUCGUCAUUAUCGACGACGGUUCACAAUCGACAAAGAGUCUCAAGAGACUAUUGAACCGCAAUCGACAAGCGAUCCUAGAUUUGUUUCCGCAUGAAAAAUCCAAUACAGGUUUUAUUCAGGCCUAUGAAAUUGACCAAGACUUGCCCUGGCAUGUCGCAGGUGCCAAAAACUUGGGAAUCUACUAUUCACCCACCGAUUGGGUCUGGAGUUUGGAUUCGGAUUAUGUGCCGACGCCUGACAUGUUCCAAGCCGUUCUGGACUACAUUCGGAUGGCUCCUCCGCAAACUCAAGUUCAUACCAGGUUUCCGCUCUAUGAAAUACCAAUCAAUGCAACAGUUCAGCAUCCAGCCCUCAUGAUAGUGUCUCGAAGUGCCUACUUUAUGGCGGCUGGAUUUGACGAAGACUUGGUCGUUGACUACGGAUACGAUGAUAUCUUGUUCAAUGACAAGUUGGACAAGUGGAUGAGUCCCAAUCACUUACAAGUCAUUCACGUGAUGACCGAAGAAAGAAUAGAAGGAACACCACAAGCCAAUGCUUUUGAAUUGGGCCAAGCAUUUCCGGGAUACUUCCACGCCCUUAGUGUCGACACCUGUCCGGAAUGGGGAGACUGCUUUCAAGGGAGCGAACAGGUUGAAAUCAGUUACCGGCAUCCACGCAAUUCGACAAGGUCCUCCGAGAUCUUUAUGGACAAGCACAAAGAUCGAAUGCCCUUCUCGACAGAAAUGCUGCGGUUCUCUUGGUCCCAAGUGGAAUGGUAG